AUGGUGGACACUGCCUCGAAGCAUCGAGCUGAGUUUGCCUUUGCUCAGCUUGAGAACGAGAGAUCUCUGACAUCUCUUCGUGACGAGCUAAGGGUAGCUCGUGGGAUUGUUGAUCGGUCUCGGGAUCAGAUAGCUGCUCUUCAGACCCUUGUUGAUGCCCACCAUCGGGAGCACAAGGCUCUCUGCGAGAUGCUUGAGCGCAAGGGCGUUCUUCAUCGGAAGAAGCAGCGUACUGAUGGUACGGCUUAA